GGCUGUGCGCACGCGUUGUUGCCUUUCGUUACGAUCGUUUAUUAACUCUAUAAGUUCACCCACAAUAAACUUAUCAUAAAAUGCAAACCGAUUCUAGUGGCGACGACCUUAGUGAUUCAGAAAUAUUGAAUAAAUGCGAAGAACAAUUAAAUCAGAUGAAUAACAUGGAUGAGCAAAUAUUAACAAGCGAAGGUGGUAAUAAACAAGUUGUAAGAAGUGCAGAGAAGAGAAAAGAACGAGAAGAUACAAAUAGUGAAGAUGAUUUUAUUACUGUGGUCAGAGGGAAACCAAAACGUUUAUUAAGAAGUAAUUCACUGGAAGUAAAUGAUAGCCAAGGAAAAAAUAAGGAAAAUGAUAGCACUUUCAAAAUUCCGGCAAACCACGAAGUUUGUGUUACUGCCAAGGAGAAUUUACCGAAACCAAUAGCAUUUGCUAAAUUACUACGUUGUGAAAAUAUUAAAGAUAUUCUUCGGAUAAAAUAUAAAAGUGCUAAUAAAGUACUUAUUCAAUGCCAACGAAAAGAAGAUGCCCUAAAACUAAUUGAAUGUAAAAAAUUCAAAGAAAUGGGUUUACGGUGUCAAUUAACACAAGAAAUGUCGGUAUCAUAUGGAAUAGUAAAAGGAAUCGACCUUGAACUGAGUGAAGAAGAACUGAUGGAUAUUUUUAAAUCAAGUGUUGUUGUUUUAUCGGCGAAAAGAUUAAAACGAUUAUUACCAGAAGGAAAAUGGGUCGAUUGUGAAUCUGUUAGACUGUGCUUCAAAAGUAAUGUACUACCGGAAUAUAUUUACGCCUACGAUUGCAGAUUUAAGGUUGAAAAAUAUGUAUUUCCAGUGACACAAUGCUCAGGCUGUUGGCAAUUUGGCCAUCUCAUUAAAUUUUGUCCUACGAAAAAAGUCGUAUGCCCAAAAUGUGGAGGAACUCAUGAUAACUGUAACAUAACAAACUUUAAAUGUUUAAACUGCAAGGGGAAUCACUUCGUUUUGAACAAAAAGUGUCCUAUGUAUCUAAAAGAAAGAUCCAUCAGGAAUAUUAUGAGUGAAGAAAACGUUACAUAUAGAAAAGCCUUACAAAUCCUAAAAACGAAGAAAGGAGAAGAAAUAACAGAGGUGAUCUCACAAGAAAAUAAUGACAAUCAAUUUGAAAUCGUGAACAACAACGAGAAAGAAACUUAUAGUAAUGUACUGACAAGGGCCUUAAUACACCAUGAAUCAGUAUCUAAUAGAGAAGAAGAACGAAGGGAUGAUACGGGUACGGAUAAACAGCAAAAUAUCAGAAGUUCAAAACAAAAAACAAAUAAACAAAAUAAUUACCAGUACCAAAACAAAAAACCAAUAGAACAACCAAUAAUUAAAGAAAUAAGUGAUAAACAGGAAGAAAAAAGAAGUAAUAAACAUAGUUCUCAAUGGUUAGAUUUAUUUGAAUGGACAAAAAUUUGGACGAAAAUAAAGAAUAUCUGCAAAUCUAAACUAAAACUAGAAGAAAAAGCAAUGUCAUUGUUAAAACUUAUUGGGGAAGAAUUAAAGAAUUUUUUGAUCAACAUACUAUUUGGAGAAGAUAUUUUAGGAUAUAUACAAUGUUUUAAUAAUGAAUAGUUUACAAAAAGUUAAAAAAGUGAA